CAAGCAAAAAACGAGAGCGCGCGCGCUUAAAAGUGUUUUGUGCGCCGUUCAGAGCGACAGUUCGCUUUCGAGUUCGCUAAAACACAACGCAGAAAGGCAUUAGCUCCACUGAAAAAUCAGAUUAAAGCUGUCAGCAGAAGACUUCCUUCGACGAUCAAAGAUGGUGAAAUUAAUCGCUAGCCUGCUCCUGUUGGCCGUGGUGGCCCAGGCCUAUGGAGACUUCAAGUCCAAGCAAGAAAGCAAGAGUUUCGUGAGAGAGCUGCAGAAAGAGCAAAAAGCGCAGCAAGUUAAAGAAAAACAAAACCAAAACCAUGAAGGUCAAGACCUAGAGUGCAAAGGCUCCCUGGCUGUUCCUGAGAUUACCAGGGACUGGGUGGACAUGAAGGAUGCCUGCCUAAAGGGCAUGCGCCACCAGAUCCAGGAGGAGAUCAACGCCUCCUACCAGUACCUGGCCAUGGGCGCCUACUUCUCCCGCGACACCGUCAACCGCCCUGGAUUCGCCGAGCACUUCUUCAAGGCCGCCAAGGAGGAGCGUGAGCACGGAUCCAAGCUGGUUGAGUACCUGUCCAUGCGCGGUCAACUGACCGAGGGCGUUAGCGAUUUGAUCAAUGUGCCGACUGUCGCCAAGCAGGAGUGGACCGAUGGCGCUUCCGCCCUGUCCGACGCCCUCGACCUGGAGAUCAAGGUGACCAAGUCCAUCCGCAAGCUGAUCCAGACCUGCGAGAGCAAGCCAUACAACCACUACCACCUGGUGGACUACCUGACCGGUGUCUAUCUGGAGGAGCAGCUCCACGGACAGCGCGAGCUCGCCGGCAAGCUGACCACUCUGAAGAAGAUGAUGGAAUCCAACGGCGAACUGGGCGAGUUCCUGUUCGACAAGACCCUGUAAGGUGGAGAUAGAGAGAAGGCGCAGCGCCCAGUCACGCAUCAAAAUUAUCAGCCAGUCGAGUUAUCUGUUAUCUGUUAGACCAGAGAGCCUUCCCGAGGGUCCGCUAUUAAAUCAUCACCAGCCCAGUCGGCGACUGGCCAAUAAAUUAUCCGUUCGACUGCGAUCCUCAAACCAGCACAGCAAAAUUCCACGUCUGUUCUUUCUUAUCAACCACUUGUGAUUGUGAUUCCGUACACCUCGGGAGGGGGCUCCGCAUUAUGCAAUCGCCGAGAUUUCGCCUAGGCUUAAGUGGAAUCGCUCAUUCGCAUAGGAAGACACUCAGCACAACCCAUUCAAUACAUCCUAUAUCUUUAUAUUUUUCUGUCAAUUAGUCGAGCAAGUUCUUAAAUAAAUAACAAUAUAUAUAUGUAACGAAAUAAA